UUUCAACAUUGCUUUUCUAGAGGAGGAUAUUAGCUGAGCGACACCUCUGUCGUUACACGGAGGACAACCACAUGGAAAACAAAACAAAUCGGUCUGCUCGAAGAGCUCACAACAUGUCCUGUUAAUGCUUUGGACAUUCAAAGAACGAGGUGACUGAUCCCACACAGAUUCGCAACAUGACUUGCACACAGUACAAAUGUCUCUACCAUCUUUGUCACAGCAGGACUGUACAGAGAAGACUUGGUUUAGAGCUAUACGUUUUGAAAAGAAGCAUCUUUAAGACAGCAUCACAACCUAAGCAAUGUAAUCUGAACUCUGUACCAUCCCGAUGCUGUCAGUAUGGGAAAAUCAAGGGAUUCAGGUCUGCAGCAGAAGAAAAUAAUAUAUCCAGAAGAAAAAAACACGACCAUUGUUACAGUCGUGGACUCUUUCUCGGUACCAGUUCCACUCAACAACACCAUACAAGGGGAUUCUGUACUGGAAAACCAAAUGGACCUCCUUGGCGGAUUCUGUUUUUUGGGAGUGAUGUUUUUUCUGUGAAAAUUCUUCAGGCUCUUCAGGAAAACAGAUCAGCAUAUGGUGACACACUGGUUAAGACUCUGGAUGCUGUGUCAACAAAAGGUCAGAACAGCAUGAAGUCCUAUGCCGAAUCUGUGGGUGUGUCUGUCCGUGACUGGCCAAUACCGGACCUGACCGGCCAUUAUGACAUGGGAGUUCUCGCAUCGUUUGGCCAGCUUGUACCAGGGAAAGUCAUCAGAAUGUUUCCACAUGGUAUCCUGAAUGUCCAUCCAAGUCUGCUGCCUCGCUGGAGGGGGGCGUCGCCUCUCGUACACACCAUCCUGUCACGUGACCAGGUGACUGGAGUCACCAUUAUGAGACUCAGGCCCAAGCAUUUUGAUAUCGGCACCGUCCUAGCUCAGGAGAAAAUGUCAGUCCCGGACGGAUGUACGACCACCCAGUUGCUGGAUGUGACGGCUCGACAGGGGUCUCAGCUGCUGUUGAGGACUCUUGAAACUCUGCCAAAGAUACGGGAGAAGGAACAAGACAAAGAUGGAGUCACCUAUGCACACAAGGUGCGGCCAGCCAUGGCGUUCAUUGACUGGGAGCGGCAGACAACGGUGGACAUACACACACAGUACAGAGCUCUCAGCCACAUGAUUCCCCUGCGUAGUGAGUUUGACGGACAUCCUGUGAAGCUACUAGACAUGCAGACAGUCAGUGAAGGUGAUGUUGCAGGUGCUCUUAUUGAUGCAGCCCCAGGAACGGUCGUGUUUGACAAGAGACUGAAGCUGCUGUGUGUCAGGUGUCAGAAUGGCUGGGUUGGCUUUGAGAAUAUUGUCUUCAAAAAGAAGAUGUCUGCCCAGGCUUUCUACAAUGGUUAUUUAUCUAAAGUAGCCGACAGGAAACUGUUCCUGGAUAGUGUGAAGAACGGACUCGACGUGGAGAGUUAUAUGCGGGGAGUUCUUCAAAGAGUGUGACUGCUUGUAAAUAUAAUAAAGAUAUCUGUUUUCAUUU